GCUCCCCCUGUUCUCAGCUAAGUGGUGUUCUCCGGAGGCUCCAGGUGUACAAGCACUGUGUUCCACUAGUGGAGUCAGGGGACCUGCACUUGAGCAAGGUGUCUGAAAUUAUAGGACUGCUGAUGCUGGAGGCCCGACAGCUGCCAGACCAUGCCUUGGCUGAGCUUGCCAACCUGUUUGUGGAUGUUAUUAAAGGUGGCAACCUGUCCAAUGGAAAAUCCUUGGAGCUGUUUUCCACUGUCCUCACUGCACUGGCCAGUUCGAAGGAGAGCCUGGCUUAUGGAAAAGGUGAACUCAAUGGGGAAGAGUUUAAGAAACAGCUGAUCAAUACCCUCUGCUCCAGCAAGUGGGAUCCUCACUGUGUAAUACAUCUUGCCAACAUGUUCAGGGAUAUUCCACUCUCAGGAGAGGAGCUGCAGUUUGUGGUGGAAAAGAUCCUUAGGAUGUUCUCCAAACUAGACCUGCAGGAAAUUCCCCCUCUGGUCUAUCAGCUGCUGCUGCUUUCUGCAAAGGGCAGUAAGAGGGCUGUUUUGGAAGGAAUCAUCAGUUUUUUCAAUCAGCUGGAUAAGAGACAGAAGGAAGAACAGAAGGUUACACAGUCAGUGGACUUUGAGAUAGCCACAAUGCCCCUGGACCAACUCCGCCACGUGGAAGGCACCGUUAUUCUCCACAUUGUUUCUGUCAUCAACCUGGACCAGGACCUGGGCGAGGAACUAAUCAGACAUCUAAAGACUGAGCAGCAGAAGGACCCUGGUAGAGCUCUGUGUCCCUUCAGCGUGGCUCUUCUGCUAUCGGUUGCAGUAAAACACAGGCUACAAGAGCAGAUAUUUGAUUUCUUGAAAACAUCAAUCACAAGAAGCUGCAAGGACCUGCAGUUCCUUCAGGCCUCCAAGUUUCUGCAGGAUUUGUUUCCCCAACAACAUGAUGUAAGCACUGUAAUUCUGGAAGUGGUGAAAAAUAGUGCAUUUGGCUGGGACCAUGUUACUCAGGGCCUGGUGGAUCUUGGCUUCAGCCUAAUGGAAUCAUAUGAACCAAAAAAGCCCUUUGGAGGAAAAGCUGCUGAUACCACUCAUGGCCUUUCAAAAAUGCCAGCCCAGCAGGCUUGCAAGCUGGGAGCAAGUAUCCUGCUGGAAACAUUUAAGGUUCAUGAGCCCAUCAGAAGUGAUCUUCUUGAGCAAGUCCUGAACAGAGUCCUCACGAAAGCAGCAUCUCCUGUCAGCCACUUCAUAGACUUGCUGUCCAACAUUGUUGUGUCUGCUCCUCUUGUGCUUCAGACUUCAUCCUCCAAAGUCACAGAGACCUUUGACAAUUUGUCCUUUCUGCCCAUCGACACAGUGCAAGGGCUGCUCCGGGCAGUACAGCCUCUGCUCAAAGUCAGCAUGUCAGUGAGGGACUCCCUGAUACUUGUUCUCCAAAAAGCUAUCUUUUCCAGGCAGCUCGAUGCUCGUAAAGCUGCAGUUGCUGGUUUUUUGCUUCUGUUGAGAAAUUUUAAGAUCCUGGGCAGCUUGUCCACUUCCCAGUGCAGCCAGGCCAUUGGUGCCACUCAGGUCCAGGCAGAUGUUCAUGCCUGCUAUAAUUCUGCAGCUAAUGAGGCCUUCUGCCUUGAAAUCCUGGGCAGCCUGAGGCGAUGCUUGAGCCAACAAGCCGAUGUUCGACUGAUGCUAUAUGAGGGUUUUUAUGAUGUCCUUCGCAGGAACUCCCAGCUGGCCAGCUCUGUAAUGGAAACACUCUUGUCCCAGAUAAAGCAAUAUUACUUGCCCCAGCAAGACCUCCUGCCUCCACUGAAACUGGAGGGAUGUAUUAUGGCUCAAGGAGAUCAAAUCUUUCUGCAAGAACCACUGGCCCAUCUGCUCUGCUGUAUCCAACACUGUCUCGCCUGGUAUAAGAGCACUGUGCAUCUAUGCCAAGGAGCUGAGGAGGAGGAGGAGGAGGAGGAGGGAUUUGUGCAAAACUUUGAAGACAUGCUAGAAUCUGUCACACGACGAAUGAUCAAGAGCGAGUUGGAAGACUUUGAACUGGAUAAAUCGGCAGAUUUUUCUCUGUCUUCUGGUGUUGGUGUGAAAAAUAACAUCUAUGCCAUUCAGGUCAUGGGGAUUUGUGAGGUUCUGAUUGAGUACAAUUUCAACGUCGGGAAUUUCAGUAAGAACAAGUUUGAGGAUGUCCUGGGCCUGUUCACAUGUUACAACAAACUCUCUGAAAUCCUGAAGGAGAAAGCUGGAAAGAACAAAUCUACCUCAGGCAACAAAACUGCACGGAGCUUCCUGUCCAUGGGUUUUGUAUCUACUCUGCUCACAGCUCUGUUCAGGGACAGUGCCCAGAGCCAUGAGGAGAGCCUGGCAGUCCUGCGCUCCAGCACAGAGUUCCUGCGCUAUGCUGUCAGUGUCGCUCUGCAGAAGGUGCAGCAGCUGGAGGAGACAGGGCAAACUGAUGGACCAGACGGACAGAAUCCAGAGAAGAUGUUUCAGAACCUCUGCAAAAUCACACAGGUUCUGCUUUGGAGGUACACUUCAAUUCCCACUGUUGUUGAAGAAUCAGGGAAGAAGAAGGGCAAAAGCAUUUCACUUCUGUGCUUGGAAGGUUUGCUGCGGAUCUUCAACACGGUGCAGCAGCUGUACACUGCCAGGAUCCCCCAGUUUCUGCAAGCCCUGGAUAUUACUGAUGGUGACGCAGAAGAAGCGGAUAUUAAUGUCACGGAGAAAGCUUCCUUCCAGAUCCGACAGUUUCAGAGGUCCCUGGUGAACCAGCUCAGCACUGCUGAAGAUGACUUCAAUGCCAAGGAAACACAGUCACUCAUCACAGUUCUCUCCACCUUGUCCAAACUCCUGGAUCCGACUUCACAGCAGUUCCUUCAAUUCCUGACUUGGACAGUCAAAAUUUGCAAGGAAAAUGCUCUUGAGGAUAUUGCUUGCUGCAAGGGUUUGCUGUCUCUGCUCUUCAGUGUCCACGUUCUGUACAAGAGUCCUGUCGGUCUUCUGCGGGAACUCGCACAGGACAUCCACGCUUGCCUGGGAGACAUAGACCAGGACAUAGAAGUAGAGGGUCGGUGCCAUUUUGCCAUAGUGAAUGCCAAGACUGCAGCCCCCACUGUCUGUCUGCUGGUUCUGGGUCAGGUGGAUAAGGUCCUCGAAGAGGUGGAUUGGCUUAUCAAGAAACUCACCAGUUUGGGGCCAGACACAUCAGAAGACACUUCUCAGGCAUCAAACCAAACUCAGGCUCUGGAGAAAGGUGUAAUUCUGCAGCUGGGAACUCUGCUGACAGUCUAUCAUGAGCUGGUACAGACUGCACUCCCAGCAGGGAGCUGUGUGGACACACUGCUGAGAAGCCUCAGCAAGACAUACGCAAUUCUCACCUCCCUCAUCAAACACUAUAUCCAAGCUUGUCGCAACACCUCAAAUACGAUUCCAGGAAGGCUAGAAAAGUUGGUGAAGCUCUCAGGUUCCCAUUUGACCCCACAGUGUUACUCAUUCAUUACUUAUGUACAGAACAUUCACAGUGAGAGCUUAAGCCUUGCUGAAGAGAAGAAAAAGAAGAAGAAAGAGGAUGAAGCUGCUGCAGUCUCCACAGUCAUGGCCAAGGUGCUUCGGGAGACCAAGCCAAUCCCAAACCUGAUUUUUGCAAUAGAGCAAUACGAGAAGUUCCUUAUCCAUCUUUCCAAGAAGUCAAAGGUGAACCUGAUGCAGUACAUGAAGCUAAGCACCUCCCGGGAUUUCCGCAUCAACGCGUCCAUGCUGGACAGUGCCCUGCAGGAGCACAACACAGAGGAUGCUGAGAAUGAGCCAGACAACAACGAGAGCAGCACAGCAGAGCAGACAGAUGAGAACCAGGAACCCAAAAAGAAGAGACAGCGAAAAAAGUAA